UUUUUGUUUGCUGUUUUCAUUUUCAGACAUCAGACAGAUUCCACAAUCUUUUUGUCUUUCUCCUAUUAACCUUAUUGGGUUUUAUUUAAUUAAAAACAAGGAUUCGUUGUAUUUUUAUUCUUCAGUUGUUUAGUUAGUCCAAAAUAGCUGUAUAUUUUAAGAAUCUGACUCAUAAUUCUGGCUUUUAGUGUACUAUAAAAUUUUGGUUGAAAAUUUUUCAAACUUUCUUGAGUUGAUAACGUUUAUCUGAAUCUGAAAAAUUGACCGUUUUCACACUUAGAUACCGAUUGUCGGCUGACAUAUUUAUCGUCAAGGCACCCAGAAUGUUCUUCGAUUGGCCAAUUCUCGCCAACAGCGAAUUCUAAGCAAAUCGGAGGACAUUUUGUCGGUGAGAAGUCGGUACGGUGAAAAUGUUAUCGGCAAUACUGCUGUGCCUAGUUAGCGGACUUGCAUUCGUGUGGUACAACUUGUUCUCGAAUGUGGCCCGUAUGAAAAGAAUCGCUGCCAAUAUGCCAAGACCGAAAGAGUUCCCUUUUAUUGGAGCGGCUCUAGAGUUCGGAUCGACGUCUGAUACAAUAUUGCAAGCCUACUUUCGAUUUUCCAAGUUGGGCCCUGUAGUACAGUUAUGGAUCGGACCUGAACUCUAUGUGCUGCUCUCCGAUAUCAAAGAUAUUGAGUUGAUAUUGCAAAGCAAUACGUUAUUGAAGAAAGCUCACAUCUACGAUCUACUCCAUCCAUGGCUUGGCAAUGGACUUUUGUCAUCAACAGGUGAAGUAUGGCGAAAACAGCGUAAAAUUCUGACACCAGCCUUUCAUUUUAAGCCGAUACUGGAAGAAUUCUGCGAGGUUUUCCAUCACAACAUCGAAACACUGGUGGGAAAAAUAAAGAAACAAGUUGGCAGUCCUGGUUUCAAUAUUUCACCCUAUAUAUCGCUCUGUUCACUGGACAUUGUGGCAGAAUCAUCAAUGGGGACCACAAUAAAUGCCCAGGUCCAGAGCGAUAGUAAAUUCGUGACAGCCAUUGGACAUGCAGCUUUCAUCACAUUGUACAGAGCCUUGAGGCCUUGGCUGCUGCCUGAUAUCUUAUUCAAAUUAUCUCCUAGUGGACGUCUCUAUUAUGAACAAGUCAAAGUCAUACAUGAUUUUGUUGAUCAGGUUGUUCGUAAACGAAUUGAAGAGAGAAAAGCAGGAAUUAAAGUAGUCGUCGAUUUGCCAGGGGAAUCUGUUUAUAGUAAAAAACGAAAAGCUCUUUUCCUUGACACCCUUCUAAACUACAAUGACAAUGGCAUAGGACUGUCAGAUGAGGAGAUUAAAAAUCAAGUCAACACUAUCAUGUUUGCUGGGUACGAUACAACAACGUCUUCUGUCUCGUUCAUCCUUUACGCCCUAAUGAAGUAUCCAGAAAUACAGGAGAAAGUUCACAAAGAACUGACAGAUUUGUUGGAAAGUGCGGACAGUGUGGCCACCUAUGAGGACUACCAGAACAUGAAAUACCUUGAUUGUGUUAUAAAGGAAACAAUGAGAAUAUAUUCGAUUGUGCCGUAUGUGGGCCGCAAAGCAGAGGAGGAUGUUGUUUUGCCCUCGGGUUACACGGUGCCAGCCGGUGCGUCGAUCAACAUGUUUCUGUACGGCCUGCACCUGAACGAGGAGCGGUUCCCUGAUCCGACCCGAUUCGACCCGGAGCGCUUCAACGAUGAACAAUCAACUGAUCGGAGUGCUUUCGCCUUCUGCCCGUUCAGUGCCGGGCCUCGCAACUGUAUUGGCCAAAAAUUUGCAAUGCUAGAAGUGAAAGCGAUCGUUUCAGCGAUUGUGAGGAAUUUCAAAAUUCUUGCCGCCAUUGAUUGUCCCGAGCCACUGAUUGGCUCAGAAUUGGUACUUGUAUCAAGAACGGGGAUCUAUCUCAGAUUCGAGAACCGAUAAGUCGGUUAGGAAAGUGAUUUGAGCAAUCCAAUCAAUGGGCAAUCGAAUUAACCAAAGGUUUCAAUUGAAUCUGGAAUUUUAUGAAAACAACAUUGAAGUGAGGAGUUGAAUUUAUUGAAACGAGUGUAAUAUUCAGUCCUAUUUGAAUUCGAGGGAAUCAGAUUCCAGUGUAUCUGUCUUAUUUCCAAUGACAUAUUCUUGUCAAUCUCAAAUGACAAGAAUAAGUAAAUCCUCCCUACUUCUCAAGAUUUUAACGGAUAUUGUGCUCAUUCAAGUAUAGUAUAACUGUUUCUACUGAGUUAGAUAGAAAUCAGAACAACUCAAUAUAUUUCAACCUCUGAAUUUUCAUUUCUGAUGAGACUUUGUAAUCCAGUAAUGUGAAAUUUUAAUGAAUUUUAAUCAACUGAGAUAAGUUGUUAUCAAAAUCGAUGAUCUUGUCUAUCAAAAUACAAAAAUUGUUUUACAAUAAGAGACCUCUAGAACUGGAGGAAGAAUACUACAGGUGUUUUAAUAAAGAAUGGAUAUAGAUGUAGAGAACGUGCUAUUAAAAAUAUUUUAAAAAUUGAUUUAUCAGAAUUUUGAUAGAAAAUCAAAACUUUCAUAAUCAAGAAAGUAUUAAGUUUGAAUUGAGCGAAUCAUGAGGCCUGAUGUAAUGCUUUGAAUGUUCACUUGUUUUUAUGAUUCAAUAAUUUGUUGAAAAUUGACAAUUUUUUAAGUUGAACAAAACCUGAAAAUAUCUUUUAAUGUUUUUUAUCAUUUCUGUAAAAUGUAUCAAGUGAGUUUUAAAUUUAGUCUUUAUAAAUGUCAAAAACAUGGCUCUAUUCAGGUGUAAGGUGCGCACUCUACCAAGCUGCAGUAACUUUAUAAAACAUAUAGUUAUACAGUUACUGUAUACCAAGCUAUAAGAAGCGUUAUUUAGUUUAUGUUUGAAUUAUCUAAGUUAACAGGUUUUACAAUAAUUGUGACAAUUUUAUAGUCUUUAAAUCAAUACAUGUGAUCAAGACCUGUGCAAAUUUAUUGAAUUAAAUAAGCUUUAAAACCAUACCAACCACCAAAGAAACCCAAAAAUAGAGUUGAGUAAUUAUUGCAAGGUUUGUGAUUUUUUAUAUUUGACUGUGAUGGUUUUGUAUUAUAGAAUGAAAAUUGAAUUUACUGAAAUAAAUAGAAUCAAACUUGGAAAUGAAUAAAUUUGAAGUUGGUGGUUUGAAAAAGUAUUAAUUAUUUUAUAAUUUGAAAAUUUUUCAAUCAAGAAAUAAAUUUAUUAAUUUUAGAAAACUGUAAUGAAAAA